AGGCCCUGUCCCAAAUGGCACACUCCGGACUUGUGGUCCUCCUCAGAGUCCACACUUUGAUGACAUCACGUAGUCCAGACUUUAGGGACCCUUGAUGUGAGUCCACGUGGGUGCACCGGAGUCGUAUUUUGGGACAGACUCGAGCAUCACCCCGGAAAUAGGAAGAGAGGUUGCCCGUCAGCGUGAACUCCUCCCUUCCGUCGCCUGAUUGGUCUGAUUGCCCUUUCGCAAGGACUUCUGGGUUGGCAAAGUGCGCGAAGCCUGCUGCAGUGCGGGCUUCGCUGAAGACCGCAUCAAGGGGGCAAAGGAGGCGCUGAUGAGCACACUUCAAAGCGUAAAAAUGACAGAUGGGACACCCUACGGACUCGUAGACUAAGCGAGAACGCGCAAUUUAAGGCCACAAGACCGAAAGUCCACAUGAAGUGCGCCAUUUGGGACAGGGCCUAAAUCUACAACACACAUUGAUAUGAUGGAGAUAAAAGAGGAAACUGAGGAACUGAAUGAAGUGGAGGAGAGACAGCAGGAACCUCAUGAUGUCAUUAGUGAAGAGGAAUAUCCUGAUUGUUUACAAAUAUCAACUAAAGAAAGAGGAACCAAUCAUUCAGUCAGUUCCCAAGAAACUCUUUCCACAAGAAACGGACACCAUAGCAUUGACAAGAGCACUAACAAUAAAGAGAGAUGUCACACGUGCCAGCAGUGUGGAAAGAGUUAUGCAUUUAGGUGUUCCCUUGUGGCACACUUGAAAACUCACACUGGGGAGCGGCCGUACAAAUGCACUCAUUGUGAAAAGAGUUUUGUAUGUGCAAGAAGACUUACGUUUCAUCUAAGGAUUCACACUGGAGAGAAACCUUUCACCUGCACUCAGUGUGGAAAGAGUUUUUCACAAAAAGGAAACCUUAUGUCUCACGAAAAAAUUCACACCAAAGAAAAGCCGCACACCUGCCCUCAGUGUAAAUUGAGUUUCACACUGAAAGGUCAUCUUGAGAGUCACGUGAGAAUUCACACUGGUGAGAGACCUUACACGUGUCUUCAGUGUGGAAAGAGUUUUGCACAAAAAGCAACCCUUAUGUCUCAUGUAAGGAUUCACACUGAAGAGAAACCUUACAUCUGCCUUCAGUGUGGGAAGAGUUUUGCAAUUAAAUCAUCCCUGACGCAUCAUGCAGUGAUUCACACCGGAGAAAAACCACACACCUGCCCUCAGUGUGGAAAGAGAUUCACACUUAAAGCUCAUCUUGAGAGUCACAUAAGAAUUCACACUGGGGAGAAACCUUUCAUUUGCCAUCAGUGUGGGAAGAGUUUUGCACAAAAAGCAACCCUUAUGACUCAUGUUAGGAUUCACACUGAAGAGAGACCUUACACCUGCCCUCAAUGUGGAAAGAGUUUCACACAGAAAAGUCAUCUUAAGAAUCACAUAUUAAUUCACAUUGGUAUAUAA